GGGAGGGUGGUUAAGUGGGAGUGCCGAGCAGAGCCCACCAGGGCCCCUGCUUAUCCCAGACAGUCCCUUCUAAGAGUCCUGUUCCAAACACAGUAGUGUGGAUGAUGAUGCUCCUGCAGGAUGCCUUUCCUUUUGGGUCUUAGACAGGAGAAGGAAGCCUGUGUGGGCACCAACAAUCAGAGCUACAUCUGUGACACGGGACACUGCUGUGGACAGUCUCAGUGCUGCAACUACUACUAUGAACUCUGGUGGUUCUGGCUGGUGUGGACCAUCAUCAUCAUCCUGAGCUGCUGCUGCGUCUGCCACCACCGCCGAGCCAAGCACCGCCUCCAGGCCCAGCAGCGACAGCAUGAAAUCAACCUGAUCGCCUACCGGGAAGCCCAUAAUUUCUCAGCGCUGCCGUUUUAUUUCAGGUUUUUGCCAAACUACUUACUACCUCCUUAUGAGGAAGUGGUGAGCCGGCCUCCAACUCCUCCCCCGCCAUACAGUGCCUUCCAGCUACAGCAGGCCCAGCUGCCUCCUCAGUGUGACCCCGAUCCCACCAGGGGCUCCCCAUCCCCCGGGGCGCAGAGCAGCCCCUCCGGGCCCAGCAGGAGCACCACGAGACCCCCAAGCACUGCCGACCCCGAGCCCCCUGACAUGCCCGCCGACCCAGCAGCCACCAAAGUCCCCGGCGCAGAGCCCAGUGGCUCGGUGGCCGGCCUGGGGGAGCUGGAUCCCGGGGCCUUCCUGGACAAGGAUUUGGAAUGCGAGGAGGGGCUGCUGAAAGACUGUGGCUUGGAGCGCGGCAGCGCACUAUCCGACAGCAAGGACAAGAUUCCUGGCAGACAUCGCCGCUUCACCGGGGACUCUGGCAUAGAGGUGUGCGUGUGCAGCCGCGGCCACCAUGACGAGGACCUCAAGGAAUUCAGCGCGCUCAUUGAUGACACUCUGGAUGGGCCCCUGGACUUCUGCGAUAGCUGCCACGUGCGGCCACCUGCUGAUGAGGAGGAGGGGCUCUGCCGGCCCUCAGAGGAACAGGCCCCGGAGCCAGGCCAUAGCCACCCACCCCGGCCACCCGCGUGCCUGCUGCUGAACACCAUCCGUGAGCAGGACUCGCCUGGCUCCCAGCACAGCGGCUCCCCCAGUUAGAGCAGGCCCCGCCUGCAGGCAGACUCCACAAAGCCAAAGCCGCAGGGCAGGACGGGAGAGCCACAGAGAAGAGAAGCAUUAUGCAUCUUGGGGCUUUCUGAGGAAGUGGGCAGCCACUUUGUUCUUUUGUUUGUUUCUCCUCCU